AUGCUGGUCGUUGGUUUGACAGGUGGAAUUGCUAGCGGUAAAAGUACAGUUUCCCGCAGACUACAAGAGCAUCAUCAUAUACCGGUAAUCGAUGCUGACAAGAUUGCAAGGGAAGUGGUAGAACCUGGUCAAUCAGCCUAUAAAAAGAUCGUCGCCCAUUUCCAGCCCAAGAUUCCCGAUCUUCUACUCAACGAUAAACAUCUGAACCGUCCUGCUCUCGGUAAAUGGGUCUUCUCCCAUAAAGAGGAUCUGCAAGUGUUGAACCAAAUCACACAUCCCGCAGUCAGGUAUUCUAUUUUCAAAAGUAUUCUUUGGUACUACGUCUGUGGAUACAGCAUAUGUGUUUUAGAUGUUCCACUACUCUUUGAGGCUGGAUUAGAUCUUUUCUGUGGUGUUUCAGUGACAAUUGUUUCAGAGAAACCUUUACAAUUGGAAAGGAUACUAGUUAGAAAUCCACAGAUGAGUAAAGAGGAAGCUAUCAAUAGAAUCAAUUCGCAGAUGCAAAAUGAACAACGUAUUGAAAGGGCAGAUUAUGUCCUUACCAACAACGAAGGUUUACCAAUUCUCUAUAAAGAGAUUGAUGCGUUCUUACGUCGUAUUCAACCCACUUUUGCAAGGACAGCAUUGGAAUAUUUCCCACCAUUUGGUGCGAUUAGUGCUGCAACUGUCGUGCUAUCAAGACACCAAGCACUUGCUCAAAAGCAAAAGAAGCAAUGA